UCGUGGUGGAGCGGGCGGCACGCGUGAGUAAAUAGCGCGAGCCGGGAGCGGACGGCGGCCCUGGGCGGAGAGCGGCGGAGCGGACUUCCCGCGUGGGGUGAGGCGCGGGAGGGAGGCUCGGCCGGCGCUGCCUCUGCCCCCUCGCGGCCGCGCCGUCCUGAGAGAAGCGGCGGCGGGAACCGGGGUGGCCGAGAUGACGGCCGCGGGUCGCAGCCCUCUGGAGCCGCUCCUGGAGACUUGGGAGGACCCCUCGGCGUCUCCCGGCGAGCAGACGGACGCCUACCUAACUCUGACCAGUCGUAUGACUGGACAAGAAGGAAAAGAAGUCAUUGCAGAAAUUGAGAAAAAUCUUCCUCGGCUCUAUACAGUUUUAAAGGCUCACAUUUCCAGCCAGAACUCAGAAUUGAGUAGCGCUGCUCUACAAGCCUUGGGAUUUUGCUUAUAUAAUCCCAAAAUUACCUCAGGAUUAUCAGAGGCAAAUAUUCAACAACUGCUUUUAACUUUGAAUGAUAUCAUUAAGAUUUCAGACAAAAAUGUGUGUACCAGGGCACUGUGGGUAUUAUCCAAACAGACAUUUCCUACUGAAGUUAUUAGCAAAAUGGUAUCCAGUAUUAUUGAUUCACUGGAAGUGCUACUAAGUAAAGGAGAGAUACAUUCUGCUGUUGUUGAUUUUGAAGCAUUAAAUGUUAUUAUAAGGCUAAUUGAGCAAGCCCCAGUUCAAAUGGGAGAAGAGUCUGUGAGGUGGGCCAAAUUGGUCAUACCAUUAGUUGUUCACUCGGCGCAAAAGGUCCAUUUGCGAGGAGCCACUGCUUUGGAGAUGGGGAUGCCGUUGCUGCUCCAGAAACAACAAGAAAUAGCCUUAAUUACAGAGCACCUUAUGACUACUAAAUUAAUCUCAGAACUCCAAAAGCUGUUCAUGAGUAAGAAUGAGACUUAUGUAUUAAAAUUGUGGCCUUUGUUUGUCAAACUUCUUGGAAAGGCCUUGCACCGAAGUGGGAGUUUCAUCAAUUCUUUGUUACAGCUGGAAGAAUUGGGCUUCCGUAGUGGAACACCCAUGAUUAAAAAGAUAGCUUUCAUUGCUUGGAAAAGCUUAAUAGAUAAUUUUGCUUUAAACCCAGAUAUACUUUGUAGUGCAAAAAGACUCAAGUUGUUAAUGCAGCCUUUGAGUUCCAUCCAUGUGAGAGCAGAAACAUUAGCAUUAACAAAACUAGAAGUCUGGUGGUAUUUACUGAUAAGACUCGGACCUCAACUCCCUGGCAACUUUGAACAGGUUUGUGUGCCUUUGAUUCAGAGUACAAUAAGUGUUGAUAGUAGUGUUGCUUCACCGCAAGGCAGUUCAUCUCGAGGGGCUACGUCUCCUGGCUUAAGUCCACUGAGUCCACUGACUCCUGGACAUAAAGGAGUUCCUGCAACACCACGCAUGAGUCCGAGUUCAAAUAUUGGUGGAAUGGCUUCAAUCCCUUCCAUUCAGCUUUUGGGACUGGAAAUGAUGCUUCAUUUUUUGUUGGGUCCAGAAGUCUUGAAUUUUGCUAAGCAACACAAGCUUGUAUUAAGCUUAGAGCCACUGGAGUACCCACUAAUCAGCAGCCCUUCUUUCUUCUCUAAGCAUGCGCAUACACUUAUCACUGCUGUUCAUGAUAGCUUUGUUGCAGUUGGAAAAGAUGCUUCGGAUGCCGUAGUUAGUGCUAUCUGGAAGGCGCUAAUUAGCUUGGUGAAGUCAGUUACUGAGUCAGGAAACAGAAAAGAAAGAUCAGGUUCUGAAGUUUUGACUCUCUUACUAAAAUCUUUGGAAAACAUAGUGAAGUCAGAAGUAUUUCCUGUACCAAAAACACUGGUUCUCAUGGAAAUUACAAUUAAAGAACUUCCUCAGAAAGUAUUAGGUUCACCAGCAUAUCAGGUUGCUAAUAUGGAUAUUCUUAAUGGAACUCCAGCUUUGUUCUUAAUCCAGUUAAUUUUUAACAGUAAUCUUUUAGAAUGUGGUGUUGCAGAUGAAAAGUUUUUUCUUAAUCUGGAAACACUUGUAGGAUGUGUACUUUCUGGUCCAACUUCGCCAUUGGCUUUUAGUGAUUCUGUACUGAGUGUGAUUAAUCAGAAUGCGAAGCAGUUGGCAAACAAGGAGCAUCUCUGGAGAAUGUGGAGUAUUAUAGUCACUCCUUUGACUGAUGUGAUUCAUCAGACUAAUGAAGUUAAUCAAGGUGAUGCCUUAGAACAUAAUUUUAGUGCCAUCUAUGGUGCAUUGACUUUACCAAUAAACCAUAUUUUUUCAGCUCAGACAUUUCCCAUGGCUACCAUGAAGACUUUACUUAAAACAUGGUCAGAAUUAUAUAGAGCAUUUGCACGCUGUGCUGCUUUGGUGGCAACAGCAGAAGAGAAUUUGUGCUGUGAAGAGCUUUCUUCUAAAAUACUCUGCAGUGUGGAAGACGAAGUCCUUUCAGAUUUGUUAUUCUUGGACAGGAUCUCUCAAAUUAUUAUUGUAAUGGUUGAUUGUAUCGACUUUUCACCAUAUAAUGUUAAAACCCAGCCCAAAAUCAAAUCACUACAGAGAUCUUCAGAAUGGUCCAGAAAGAAGAAGGAACCCCUUGGGAAAUUGGCUUCUUUAUUUAAGCUAAUUGUGAGAGUGAUCCAUUCUCUCCACACUCUGAGCUUCAAGGAAUCGUAUUCUGAUAUGCUGGUUAAUAUUGUUAACUCUGUCAUCAGCAUGCUUUCUAAUAUAUUUGGACAUAUUUCCUUGCCUUCUAUGAUCCAAGAAAUAUUUGCAACUUUCACAAGACCUCUGGCUUUACUGUAUGAAAAUUCAAAGCUUGAUGAAGUUCCUAAAGUGUAUAGUAGUCUGAACAACAAGUUAGAAAAGCUAUUAGGAGAAAUUGUUGCUUGUCUACAGCACAACUAUCCUGGGGCCUAUGACAGUGAAUUUCUUGGACAACUUUCUCCACUUCUGUGCAUAAUAUUUCUUCACAAGAACAAACAGAUUCGAAAGCAGAGUGCUCUGUUGUGGAACGCUACAUUUGCUAAAGCAACAACUCUGGUUUAUCCUGAGGAAUUAAAACCAAUAUUAAGAGAAGCCAAGCAAAAAGUUUUGCUUCUGUUGCCUGGUUUGGAAAACGUUGAAAUGAUGGACGAAUGCAGUGGGCCAUAUUCAGAUGCAACAGAAAAUUCACAAUUAAAUGUCAAGAUAAGUGGCAUGGAAAGAAAAUCAAGUGGAAAAAGAUACUCCUUUUUGGCACGGACUAAGGAUAAAAAAGAAAAUACAAAGCUGUCGGCCAAACUGAAAUUAGAAUCUUCAUCUCCAAAAUUAAGGAGUAAUAAGCUUUUGGAAGAGGAAAAAUCUACUGACUUUGUGUUCAUACCUCCUGAAGAAAAAGAGGCAAAGUCAAGGAUUUUGACUGAGCACCAGAAAGAAGUUCUCAAGACAAAACGGUGUGAUAUUCCUGCAUUGUAUAAUAAUCUGGAUGUUUCACAAGACACCUUAUUUUCUGCUCAGUUUAGUCAAGAAGAAUCUAUGGAAAGCCACGCUUUAACUGAAAAACCAAAAGAAGAUGCCAAGGUAAUUAAGGAAGAGCAAACGGAGAGUGCUGUUUUCAUCUCUCAAGAUGAAAAUUCUGGUAUGGAUGUACAUCCUGAAAAGGCUUCUUUACCAAAUGACUCUUGUUCUGUUGCUGGAACCGAUUCAGAUGCACUGAGCCCCGAUAUUGAUGCGACAAAAAACAUGUUAAUUUCAUCAAAGAUAGUGUCAGCUGAAUGUUCUAGUAUAGAAAGUUCACUGGUGGUCAGUAGUAGUUCAGUUUCUAAUGCCACCGUUUCUGGAACUCCUCCACAGCCUGUGAGUCGGAGACAAACCUUUAUUACCCUGGAGAAAUUUGAUGGUUCAGAAAAUAGACCUUUUAGCCCAUCCCCUUUGAAUGACAUGUCAUCCACCAUUACAGUGAGAAAUAACCAAGAAAACACAACUAAAACUGAUACGCCACCAAAAGCAAGGAAAAGAGAAAUGACUUCCUCAAAAUCUGAUUCAGAAAAAUUAGUGAAUGGUGGUAAGAAAUCAGGCCGGAGGUGGGGUAAAGUUGAGCAGUUGACUAAUAAAACGUCUAAGCCUUCACUGAGAUCUGAACAGGAGGAACAUGCAUUAGAAAAUAACCCUUCUGAUUUGCUCAGUCAAGCAGAAUGUGUGUCAGAUAAUCACAAUCAUCCUUCUGGAGCUACCCUAGAGCAUGAAGAUAGAAAUACCAAACCUGCGGUAGAAAAUGCUUUAUUAGAAGUCUCAACAGAAGAGAAAAACAUAGGCAUUAAUAUGGGAUCUAAAGAAAAUAAACUCCCAGUUCCAGCACCAGCAGAUCAAAUAGUAAAUGAAGAUAGUCAAGCUGCAGUAGCCCCAAAUCCAAAAACCCUCAGACGGUCUUCAAGGCGUCGUUCAGAUAUAGUAGAGUCUUACACGGACAGCCAAGAUAAGGAUAACGUUCAACAAAAAAAGGAAAGACGGAAGGAAGAAGAGAAAACAAUUUCGAAGAGUCCUCUACAUAUAAAAGAUGACAAGUUGCCUAAGCAAAAACUAACUGCUGAAUCCCUUACACAGGAAAAUUUGACUGAAAAGGGAAAUGGUUUACAUGAUAAAACUUUAGAAGAACCCAGUGGUAAUGCUGAAGUUGAUCAAAAUAAAAGAAAGCCAAACCAGAACAUUAGUUCCGAGGGAGGUGGUACCCAGGACAGUGUAGAUAAGUCAUCUGAGAAACCUUUGAGAGGACGUACACGUUACCAAACAAGAAGAGCAUCUCAGGGGUUGCUUUCCAGUGUUGAAAACUCAGAAUCUGAUAGUUCUGAGGCAAAGGAAGAAGUUUCUAGAAAGAAACGAUCUGGGAAAUGGAAAAAUAAAAGCAGUGACAGUGUUGAUACUGAAGAACAAGAAGAAAAGGUGGUCAAAGAUGAAUGUAUAAAAACUGCGGAUGAGACUCAUGAAGUUGAUGUAGAAACAGCGGCUCAGGUUUUUGAAGAAAAUACAAAUAGAGUAAUUCUUCAGGAGUCUAUUGGGCCUUCAGAUUCACUGCAAGUUACUGAUUCGCCAGUUACAACUGAGGACACAAGUAAGACUAGCAAAUGCGUAGGCAACUCACUUGCAGUUACUCCUGUGCCUGAAUCAAAUCUCAGGACUAGGAAUGCCAUAAAGAGAUUACGAGAUACUGAUAGCGGUGUGGGAGACUGCUCAAAAAUGGAGACAUCAGACAUUUCUGUGCCUUCUGAGAAAUGGAGCCAAGCAGUUGAAUGCCAACACAAGAGAAGCAGGAGAGUCAGGAGAUCGAAGGGCUGUGACUGCUGUGGGGAAAAAUCACAGUAUCAAGAAAAGACAUUUAUUGGGUUAAAGAACACAGAAAGUUGUGCUAUGAAGAGCACGGAGACAAAGACUACAGAUACGCAAGUACCUGAAACCUGUGAAACUAAUGAGCUUGCUGAAGCAAAGUUGGUAGAUGAACAUCGUGGUAUGAGUUUUCAUUUGGGUCUUAAAGAAGAGAAUGGUACUAGUGAUUUAAUUAGAUCUGAAACUGGGUUGGAAGAAGAUAGAAAAAAUCUGCCAUCUGAAAUGGUAAAAGAAAACCCUCAUGAUACAGAUUCUAGUGAAACACUAUCUGAAAUCCAAAAGUCAUAUAAUGAGAAGUUUAAUGCUGAAGACCCAUGCUUAAGUGAUUCCAAGGAUAUUUCAGAGAAAUAUUCUUUAGAUAACAAAGUAGAAAGUUCAGAAGCAAUUCUGAAAAGAGAAUUUGAUGUUAGUGACUUAGGGAGGGUAUCCAAAGUAAUAGCAGGAUCCAGUUCAGAGGGUGUUGAAGCUAUGGAAUUAGAUCUAGGAAACGACACAUUUGAAACUGCCAUCUCUGAAGAGAGUGCCCAAAUGGAUAUUUCUGUAGAUACGGCACCAGAGGAAGAUGAUAAAGAUGAAUUUGAAACAGUCACAACCGAAAUGAAUGCUGAAGGAAAAGCCCCUGAGGGUUUUAAUUCUGGUAUGAGUCUUUCUGAUAACAUGACACCUUUAAGCAAAAGGACUGUUCAGACUGAGCAUCCUGCGAGAGCAGAACCAGAGGGGGAUAGUGUUAAGUCUGAUUCAGGCUCAUGUGAGGAAAUGAACAAAGAAAUGGAAAAUUACAAAGCACCAGUGAUAGCUCAAUUGAAGUCUGAAGUUGACAACACUGGGGAAGAGGAUAGGUACAUGAGUGUUAGCACCCCUGCACCUGAAGAAGCACCGGUUGGAAAACUAGAUGUCAAAACCGAAAGCUUUGUUUGUGACGCACUUGAUAGGAGUUCUGAAGAAGGAACUGUUUAUUACAAAACUGAAACAGAAGUUGAACUUAAUCAAUUGGAUGAGACAAAAUCAAGUGACAAUCAGACUGUAAUGGGUAGUGAUAUUCUGCAGGAAGUUUGUUUCACUUCAGAGAAAGUGGAGGAAUUCCCACAGUCUCUGACAUCCGAAAUGACUUUUGAACUGGUAGCAGAAAGCAGUAAUGCUUCUCCUGAAAAAUUAGGAGAGCUGGAUCCCUCCCUUGGAUCAGCAACUGAAAGUCCUAGUGGUAUGCAAGCACGGUGUGUCUGGUCGCCACUGGCUUCUCCGUCCACAAGCAUCUUAAAGAGAGGACUCAAAAGAUACCACGAAGAUGAGCUGUCAUCACCAGUUAACAAGGUUAGGCGUGUUUCGUUUGCAGAUCCAAUAUACCAAGCAGGAUUGGCAGAUGACAUUGAUAGGCGCUGCUCUGUUGCUAGGCCUCAUUCUUCAAAUAGCUCUCCCUUAGUAAAAAGUGCUAAAACUUCACCUGCUUCACACUCUAAGCAUAAUACCACUUCAGCCAAAGGAUUUCUGUCCCCAGGAUCACAGAGCUCUAGAUUUAAGAGCUCAAAGAAGUGUUUAAUUACAGAAAUGGCCAAAGAACCCAUGCUAUCCCCAACAACAGAGAGCGUUUACCCAGCUUUGGUGAACUGUGCAGCAUCAGUCGACAUCAUUUUACCUCAGAUUACAUCAAACAUGUGGGCAAGAGGUCUAGGACAACUUAUCAGAGCCAAGAAUAUAAAAACAAUUGGUGAUUUGAGUACUCUUACCGCAUCUGAAAUAAAAACUCUCCCUAUUCGCUCUCCAAAGGUGUUUAAUGUAAAAAAGGCUCUCAGGGUAUACCACGAGCAACAGAUGAAAUCUCGUGGACUUGAAGAGAUACCAGUUUUUGAUCUUUCUGAAAGGGCAGUAAAUGGAGUAGAAAGCAAGCCCCUCUCAACUGAUGAAGAACGACUUGCCUCAGAUUUGGUUGAUCCUGUGACCUUAGACACCCCAUUGUCUAAAAAUCUUGUGGCACAGAUUAGUGCUCUUGCUCUUCAGCUGGAUUCAGAAGAUCUCUACAGUUACUCUGGAAGCCAGCUAUUUGAAAUGCAUGAGAAACUUGGUACCAUGGCAAACUCUAUAAUAAGAAAUCUACAGUCACGUUGGAGAUCACCAGCCCAUGAAAAUUCUUAGUAUUUUAAAGAGAAUUGUAAAGUUUUUCACCACCAGAUUUUUAUUUUUUGGCUUUUAGAAAUAUCUGCACCAUUUAAAAAGAAACUUUGCAAAGUUGAUAAGAUAACAAAUCCUGAAGAUAAUGAAUUAUUAGGUCAAUUUUAUAAUUUCAUUAGUAAAGAUACUCCCUAAUGUAUUUUCUUGGCCAGUAUACAUAGUUUUUUAAGAAAUGUUACUGAAACUUGAAAGCAAAUGAGAUACACAUACUUUUUUUUCAUACUUUAACUCAUGCAUAUUUUGGUGUAGCUCAUAAUACAGAUAUUUUAAGUAAGAUAGAGAAGUUUUAUUUACACUUUAUUGAACUGAAAGGUGUUUAUAUUUUUCCAAAAUAUUUAUAUUUGUUGUGUCUGGUGAAACAGAAGAGACCAUUUCCUUCAGAUGUGUAGAUAUGUAGACUACUUGAAGAAAUACCCUUUCAACUUGUUGGUAGUUAAAAUAACAAUGCUUCUUUUACUCACAUUCCAUUCAUUUGGUAUUGACAAAUAGCGACAGCAUUUGCCUAUUAAAAUGUGCUCUUAUGAGGUAUAGUAUUCUUAAAUGCAUGACUGUUUGUACAUUAUGUAUAGAAGACUUUUAAUUUAUAAAGUUCAGCCUUCAUUAAUUGCAUGAGUUUCUGCAGCUUCUUGUGAAUACCAUUUUUUUGUUUAAUAGAAGCAUUUGUAUAUAGUUAAUAUCAAAAUAUCCAUUUGGAUAGUAAAAGUACUUCAUGACUUACUGUGGAUAUUUGUAGGCGCCUGUAUCUACAAAUAAAGCAACAGAUAGUUUUGUAUUUAGUUAAAACAUGAGUUUAUUUUCUAAAGUGUCCAGAAUAAUUAAAAUUAUCAGAACCAGAAAAUACUACAUGCCGCUACCUUUUUUUUUUCUUUUGGUUUGGAAGAGGAUCCCAGCCACUAGAAAAUGUGCCUCAUAUGUUUCUUCUUAAUGGAGAGUUAGCCUGGAUAUUUUCAUUGUAGGUUGUACUAUAAAACCUCUAUAGACAUAACCUGGUUUUAUCACAUACGCUGAAAACUAAAUUUGAAUCUGCCCUUUUUAUAUAUAUAUAUACAUAUAUGUGUGUAUAUAUAUAUAAUGUUUUGUCUGGCUUAAAAAAACAGGAUAUAUAAUUAAACUGUUGGUAAAUCUUACCAAAUAGUGCCUGGCUUCAUGUAUUUGUUUCACCUGGGUUUUUUGUUUUUGUUAUGGAGAUAUGGUUUCUCUGUGUAGCCCAGAUUAGCCUUGAACUUUUAUGAUCCUCCUGCCUCUGCUUCCAGAGUUUUGGGGUUGCAGGUGUUUGCUACCACACCUGGCUGUAUUUUAUGUUUGGCUUGUUUUUUGAAUAAAAUCAGUGGAUGAUCUUAGUUUCAAACUUAGUUUAACUGCUGCUUGGACAUUGCAGUUGUAAAGCCAGUUCCUUUUGUUGUUUAAGGUUUCCUUUUUUUCCCCAGCAGAGACCUAGUAAAUAAAAUUGGUAACAUUUUUCAUUAUCAUAAAUAAUUACAGAUAUUUUUCUGCUGGACUCUAAGGACCUAAGUCAAUAACUAAUGAGGAAAAGACUGUCUUUUCAAAACAUUGAUAAUGGUGGGUUGCAUUUUCGGUCGUUACAUUUAAGUAUUGAGAGGUGUGGAUGAACGUUCAGUGAGCAGGAUUGAUUAGCCAGGAGAGUAUGUGGGCUGGGUGGAGUGCUCAUUUCACAACCGCAUUCCUUAACUCUUGUCUACUCACGUGUAGGCACAGCAGAGUUCUUGGGGAGCUCAAAGAAUAGCAGGAAUGUGACCAGAAUGAUGAUUUACUUAAAGCACAGAUGAUCAGUGAGAUUGUGUUUUAAAAUAUUAGUUGAUACUUAGUUCAGUUUAUAGAAAAAAUAAGGUUGAUUCAGUUUCAGUAUUCUUGGCUUAACUUUUUUGGGCAAAUUUCCACAUUAAUUCCUAAACUAGAAAAAAGGUAUUAUUCUGAAUUCGACUCCAAUGUAUUGUUUCACUUUUACAUGGAAGCCUUUCUUCAGCUUUUUUUUUCCUAAUGGUUAAUAAAAAAAAAGACAUACUGACAUUUCAGUGUGAUGCCCUGAUUGUUGUAUGUAUUGAAACAAGUCUGUAGCUGGUUAGAUGGCCCAGAAGAUGCAGUGCUUUCCACAAACCCUGAGACCCAUAUGGUAGGACCCACACAUACACAUACAAAUAAAAGUAAUUUUAAAAAUUUA